AUGCCGCCCACCAAUUCUUCAUCCUUGAACUCAGGAAAAAACGAUGACCUACCUCUGGCCAGCACUGGUAGACUUGAAGGAUUUAUUAAAUAUCUAGGUAUACUGGCCUCAAGUCCUGAAUCUGAGUUUGCAUCUGCUGUGCUUGGCGAGAUCGCUCAAAAGCGUCAGGAGAUUUACUCUCAAGAUGAAGAGUUGAAGAAACUCCAACAGGAGAUAUCACAUAUAAAGAAGACAAAAGAAACUACCAUCGACGAUAUGUUUGCUGCCAACGAGAAAGAAAGAGCAAAGCAGAAAGCCUCCGCCACUCAGAUUGAAUCCCUUCGUGCUACUGUUCACGAGAGGGAAAUCAAAAUCGCCGAAUUAUCGAGGAAUGUAGAGUCUCUGCACGAGGAAAUCGAAGAUUUGAAAUCGACUUGCUCGCAGGAGGACGCGAAGCUCUCACAAUCUGCUAAAGACAUCACUACACUGCAAAACAAUUCGAAAGAGAAGGACAAGAUGAUAGAUCAAAUGAAGACAGCGGGGUCGAAAUUGAAAUGUGUGCUAUCAUCGGAACAGAAAAAGAACGGAGAGCUAGAAGCUACUAAUGCCUCGAUGAGCACAGAGCUGCAGGCAGUCAGGGCCCAUAUCCAAAGAAUGGACAAUUUCAUAGUCCAAUCCUCGGACAUUGAUGAUGAUUUUGUGUAA